CAAAUUCAGAGGGCUCUGCUUCUAGAGAAAGCGCUUCUCCUCCGCUCUACAUAUCCUCAGGUGUUUCGGAAUAGAGUUACUUGGGAAGCAAGAAACACCAAGGGAGCAAGGUUGAGAGCCCCAUUUUCGGUAGGGUUUGCUUUUCGGUUUUCUCCGAAAUUGUAUACGACAGGGCAGAAGGGGACCCUGACGGGGACGCGAUUGUCUGGAUCGGAAAGAGGAACAAUGAUGGUGUCUAUGCCGACUGUACACGUGAGGGAUACCAUUGAACUUGACGAAACUGAAGAGAAGAUCUUUGAAAGGCUUCUUGGAACGCUUGACCAUCAUAAGCUUAAGACUGAGCUUCGUGUCGCAGGUGGAUGGGUCCGUGAUAAGCUUCUUGGAAAAGAGUGCAAGGACAUCGACAUUGCUUUGGAAAGUAUGAUGGGCAGUGCAUUUGCUGAGAAGGUGAGAGACUACUUGAAGUCUGUGGGGGAAGAGGUUCAUUUCGCUGUCAUUCAAAGCAAUCCUGAUCAAUCAAAACAUCUGGAAACGGCGAGGAUGCGCAUCUUAAAUGUAUGGGUUGAUUUUGUGAACUUACGCUGUGAAGAGUACAGUGAUGAUAGCCGCAUUCCUACUAUGCAAAAGUAUGGCACACCAGAACAGGAUGCACUGAGAAGGGAUCUGACUAUAAACAGCUUAUUUUACAAUAUCAAUACCAAAUCUGUUGAAGAUUGGACUAAUAGAGGAAUUGAAGAUCUAAAAUGUGGGAAAAUUGUGACUCCUUUACCACCAAAGGAUACAUUUAUGGAGGAUCCGCUACGAGUUCUUCGAGCUAUCCGUUUUGGCGCAAGGUUCGGAUUUGUACUUGAUGAACAACUAAAGGAAGCUGCUGCUUGUGAUGAAGUGAAAGCUGCUCUAUCAGCUAAAAUUAGCAGAGAGAGAAUUGGAACUGAAAUUGAUCUGAUGAUCUCUGGAAACCAACCUGUCCAAGCUAUGACCUAUGUAUGUGACUUGAAGUUAUUUUGGACUGUCUUCAGUCUUCAUCAGCAGUGUGAGCCAUUAGAAGGAUGUGACAGCGAUUGUGUUGCGUACUUGGAUUAUACAUGGAAUCUUAUUCAAUCAGUGGGGAGCUCUACCUUCAAUGACGAACAAAGAAGGCUCUCCUUUUAUGCUGCAAUGUUCCUUCCACUUAGGAAGACCAUGUAUAAAGAUAGGAAAGCAAAAGAUGUUCCUGUCGUGAAUUAUAUUUUCAGAGACUCCCUUAAGCUAAGAGUCAGCGAUGCUGAAACUGUUGUUAAUUUACACAAUGCAUUGGAGAAGUUUUUGUCUUUGCUUCCUCACUUUGUACCAAAUGGGGAUGUAAAACUGACCGAAGUUGAUUUGGGAAGAGAGUAUGUUGAUGUUCCUCUUACUUCGAAAGAAUCCAAACUCCGUGUAUUAACAGGGUUUCUUCUACGAGAAAUCAAAGAUUUUUGGCGAGUUGCUUUGCUGAUGUCUACACUGUUACAUCCCACUGACGUCAUAAACAAGAACUUCAAACCAGAAGAUCGCAGAGCUUUGUUUGUAGAAGCUGAGAAGGCCAUAUAUAAUCUAGGUCUAGACAAAGUCUGGGAGGUGAAGCCAUUACUUAAUGGAAAGGAGAUCAUGGAUGCUUUGCAGCUUAAAUCUGGAGGACCAGUUGUCAGUAAAUGGCAACGGAAGCUACUUGCAUGGCAGCUUGCUCAUCCUUCAGGGACUGCAGAGGAGUGCCGCGAGUGGCUGAAGGAAACACACUCUUCAAGUACUAGAUCGGCUGGAGAUAUGGAGGAAUUGAAUGGACCCAACAAUAAGAAAAGUAAGACUGAAGAUUCUAACUAGUCACAAUAAAAAGUUUUGAUCAGCAUGUUGAUAUUUGAGGGAAAGUUAUUUGACACACAAUGUACAAGUUCAGGUUUAAUGGAAGUACUUGCAUUUCACCA